AUGGACAAGAACCGCGGCCGCAGCUUCCAGACGAUUGCGGCCAGAAAGGCGGAAUUCAGCCAGCCCGACUUUACAGACUCGGAACGGACGGUGCGGGAGGCCAUCUCGAAGAUCUGCUCCAAGUAUCCCGACGAGUACUGGCUGGAGCACGACAACAACCACAAGUUCCCGCAUGACCUGUACAACGACCUGGCGCGAGACGGCUGGCUGGGGAUCUGCAUGCCGCAGGAGUAUGGCGGGUCGGAGCUGGGGAUCGCAGAGGCCACAGUCAUGAUGCAGACGAUUUCCGAGUCGGGGGCCGGCAUGGCGGGCGCCUCGUCGAUUCACAUGAACAUCUUCGGGCUGGAGCCGGUGGUCAAGUUCGGCAGCGCCGAGCAGAAGAAGCGAUGGCUGCCGCCGUUGAUCGCAGGCAAGGAACGGGCAUGCUUUGGCGUCACGGAGCCCAACACAGGCCUGGACACGUUGAAGCUACAGUCCUUUGCGCGCCGCCAGGGCGACCACUACCUGCUGAACGGGUCGAAGAUCUGGAUCUCAACCGCGCAAAUCGCCCACAAGAUCCUCAUCCUGGUGCGCACCACGCCCCUGGACCAGGUCAAGAAGCCGACCCAGGGCCUGUCACUCUUCUACACCGACAUGGAUCGCGCCCAGAUGCAGGUGACGGAAAUCCCCAAGCUGGGCCGCGCCGCCGUCGACUCGAACGUGCUCUUCUUCGAGAACUGGAAAGUGCCCGCCGAGGACUUGAUCGGCGAGGAAGGCAACGGCUUCAAGAUGAUCAUGCACGGCAUGAACGCCGAGCGCGUCCUCGUCGGCGCAGAGGCCCUGGGCCUGGGAUACGCCGCCCUCCGCCGCGCCGCCACCUACGCCCAGGAACGCGUGGUGUUUGGCCGCCCCAUUGGCAAGAACCAGAGCAUCCAGCAUCCCCUGGCCGAGUCCUGGAUGUCGCUCGAGGCCGCCCGGCUGACCAUCUACCUGGCAGCACGACUCUACGACCAGGGCUACACGUCGGGCGAGUACGCCAACGCCGGCAAGUACCUGGCGGCCGAGGCGGCCUUUGAGGCCUGCCAGCGCGCCGUGCUGACCCAUGGCGGCAUGGGAUAUGCCAAAGAAUACCAUGUCGAGCGGUAUCUGCGGGAAGCCAUGUUGCCUCGCAUUGCCCCCGUGAGCAGGGAGAUGAUCAAGAACUACAUUGGCGAGAAGGUGCUGGGGCUGCCCAAGUCCUACUAG